GGAGCCCCGCACCGGCCGCGCUCAUUCGCGGCCUCCUCGGUGUCAUUUGAAGUUGCUGCCGUCGGCCAAUGGGGCUCCUCCCGCCCGCUGACAUCACUCCCCAGCCAGUUCCCUCCAGCUGCAGAGCGCUUCAGUUUCUGUCUUUUUUUUAACUAAAAUGGAGGCUGGUUUCUUGCCUUAAGGAGUACAGUGUCGUGCCUGCUGGAGCCUAGAUGUUGACAUGUAACAGAGCUGGCAGCAGGAUGGUGGUUGACGCAGCCAAUUCCAAUGGGCCGUUCCAGCCCGUGGCCCUUUUGCAUAUUAGAGAUGUUCCUCCAGCGGAUCAAGAAAAGCUUUUUAUCCAGAAGUUACGACAAUGUUGUGUACUUUUUGACUUUGUUUCUGAUCCACUAAGUGACCUAAAGUGGAAGGAAGUAAAACGAGCAGCUUUAAGUGAAAUGGUAGAAUAUAUCACACACAAUCGCAAUGUGAUUACGGAACCUAUUUACCCUGAAGUAGUACAUAUGUUUGCAGUUAAUAUGUUUCGAACAUUACCACCAUCUUCCAAUCCAACGGGAGCAGAAUUUGAUCCAGAGGAAGAUGAACCAACCUUAGAAGCUGCUUGGCCUCAUCUACAGCUUGUUUAUGAAUUUUUCUUAAGGUUUUUAGAAUCUCCAGAUUUUCAACCUAAUAUAGCUAAGAAAUAUAUUGAUCAGAAGUUUGUAUUACAGCUUUUAGAGCUCUUUGACAGUGAAGAUCCUCGUGAAAGAGAUUUUCUUAAAACUACUCUUCACAGAAUAUAUGGGAAAUUCUUAGGCUUAAGAGCUUACAUCCGGAAACAAAUUAAUAAUAUAUUUUAUAGGUUUAUUUAUGAAACAGAGCAUCACAAUGGCAUAGCAGAAUUACUGGAAAUACUGGGAAGCAUAAUUAAUGGAUUUGCCUUACCAUUAAAAGAAGAGCACAAAAUAUUCCUAUUGAAGGUUUUGUUACCAUUGCACAAAGUGAAAUCACUCAGUGUCUACCAUCCACAGCUGGCAUACUGUGUAGUUCAGUUUUUAGAAAAGGACAGCACACUUACAGAACCGGUGGUAAUGGCACUGCUGAAAUACUGGCCAAAGACUCACAGUCCAAAAGAAGUCAUGUUUUUAAAUGAACUAGAAGAAAUUUUAGAUGUUAUUGAACCAUCUGAAUUUGUUAAAGUUAUGGAACCUCUCUUCAGACAGCUAGCCAAAUGUGUGUCCAGUCCACACUUUCAGGUUGCAGAGCGAGCAUUAUACUACUGGAAUAAUGAAUAUAUUAUGAGUUUAAUUAGUGAUAAUGCAGCAAAGAUUUUACCCAUCAUGUUUCCAUCCUUGUACCGGAAUUCAAAGACGCAUUGGAAUAAGACAAUACAUGGCUUGAUAUACAAUGCUCUGAAACUCUUCAUGGAGAUGAACCAAAAACUGUUCGAUGACUGCACACAGCAAUUUAAAGCAGAAAAACUGAAAGAGAAGCUAAAAUUAAAGGAACGGGAAGAAGCAUGGGUUAAAAUAGAAAAUCUAGCCAAAUCAAAUCCCCAGUACCCAACAUACAGUGACACGAGUUUGCUGAACAGUCCUGUUGCAAUGGAAACAGACGGGCCUUUAAUUGAAGAUUUGCAGACACUGAAAAAGACAGUGAAAGAAGAGGCUUGUCAGGCACAAAAAGAUCAGAAAAAAGAUCGUCCUCUUGUGCGACGCAAGUCAGAACUGCCUCAGGAUAUCUAUACCAUGAAAGCCUUGGAAUCACAUUGCAGAGCUGAUGAAUUAAUAUCACAUGAUGGGCAUUAAACUAUUACAGUGAAAUAAUAUUUUGGAGGAAAAGUUGUUUUCUUUUUCUGGACUCAGUUCUACAGUAGAACUUAAUUUUUUGUGCCAUACCAAUCAGUUACACACAAAGGAAAAGCUUUCUUCAACCCAUUUCUGUAGGCAAUAACUUAAUAGAGUAUGCAGCUCAAGAUUAAUAGUUCAAACAAUGGUAAAUUACCCAGUUCCAUUUGCAGAAUAUUGGGUUGACUAUAAUCAAGUGGACACAAUUUCCUGGAGGUGUUGUCAUAGUACCAACUAGCUGAUAACCUGCAGUUUUUAUAGUUGUAUUUGAGAAAAACAUUCUAUAAAAUCUUUCCAUCUAAAUAAGUGAAUGACCAAUAGUUGGUACUAAUGAUAAAUGUGUGUUUUCAAAAAUAAAAUUAUUUCAAAUAUAAUUAUUAAACCUUUUCUAGGAUUUCUCAGCUUUACAGUUGUUUCAACAUUAUUGCUGUCUUCUUAUAUACCAGCCGUUUUAAAAAUAUAAUUAUUCUUUCGUAUUAUAAAACAUGGCUUACAAACUGGUAAUAUUCAUGACAAUCCUCAGUCAUCAUUCCUUUCUAAGAAUUCUGUAAAUUAAUUUCUCUUUUACUUAGGGUAAAGAUAUAUAUAUCUAUAUAUACCACAUCCUAAUACUUUAUGUAGAUUUAAAGCCAUAUCUUCCAGUCUUUAGUGUAUAAUAUGGCACCAGUAUUCCAGAUAUGAACUGGUAGAAGAAUUUUUCCUAAAAAUGAAGAUUUGUUUACUAUGACUGGGAAUAGACUAAAUAUAAAAUUUCAUUUUAAGUUUUUUCAAGUCAAUAAAAUAACUCUUUCACUGUUUUCUCCCUUAUCUGAGCUUUUAAUACUCAGCAUUUUUCUUGGGCUCUAGGAGUUCAAUAUUCUGUGGCAGAUACUAUGUGUGAUUUCAGUUGUAUCAGUUUUUAUCUGAAAGAUGAACACAACAUCAUAAGCUUAUUAAAAUUAAAAAAAGAAAAAAGAAAAAAAAGAACAGACUCUUAAAUUCCAUUCUGCUUCUUUUUUAAUGAGUCUAAGAGCUGAGGAGAUAGUGACCAUAAUUUUACCGUGAAAAUAUUUUUGUUGUUGUUGUAAAGAGCACAUGUGCUGCAAAUACACCUCACAAGUGAACUGAAAAUGCAUCUGAGUUGCUGAUGAUCUUCAAAUGCUGCUAUAUAUUCCACAAGAUUACUUGCAUGUAAUGAGCUUUUUGUUGUAGAUGGAAAAGCACGGGAGGAAAAUCUCUUUAAAAAUAUAGUGCUUUGUCUUCAAUAUUUGAUUUCUCUCAGGGUGGCCAGUAUUUUGACUUACUUAUCCUGCUUACAAGCUGUUUGAAAUGUGUUCUGCUAUUCUAAAUGGGUGAUUAGUUUCUUUUGUCUCUGGCAGUAACAUGAUAUAACUUAAUGUUUAAUGUCUUGAUGCAUAAAGAGAUAAAAAACGUGGCUUCUUUAAAAAUAGUUUUGUUUUACUUUUUAAGGAAGUAUAACAUCUCCUGCAUCCAUAAAAAAAAAUAUUGCUCAAAGCAGACAUUCAUAGUAACCUUGUGCAGAUGUAGUGCCUGCUGUUUGUUGGUUGCAUUUAACAUUCAAUUCCCAAUAUUUGUUACAUUGUCUAUUGGAAGAAAAUUGUGAGUGGUAAAUAUUGGCUUACAACAACUAAAUUUAAAGACCAACCCUUUAAGUGGAAUGUCCACUGUGUCUGAAAACAUUUCCUGUAAAACUUGAAAAAGAAAAUGCUUUACCAUUAGGAUAAAUUAUAUGAAAACAGUUUAAAGAUGCCUUCUACUUUUGAGGGGAAAAGGGUGCUUUGUUAAUUGUGUAAAGCAACGUCUAUGUAUUUUGAUAUACCAUUGUUUGAACUUCCAUCUUUAGCUGGUAGAUUAUCAGUUACCUUUGAUUUUGGGUGUUCAGUAUGUCUGUGCAAGAGAUUGCUGAAAGGAAUUAUUCUUAUGUUAUCCAAGGGGGGGGGGAAACCCCACUGUAUAUCAGUGUUUGAUUGAUUGUGUGAUACUCAAUUAUAAGAACAUCUUUCACUGUCUAGAUUUUAUUUUUAUUCUUUAUUGAAGAUAAACACUCACCAAAAAGGGAAGUAUUGUGGUAAUUUAGACGCUUCAAGUUCUCUAUAAAGGCAUAUUUGAAAUUUUGGGCCACUGAACAUUUGCUUAGGCAAUAUUCCAAAAUCUUAUACCACCACUAAUGGUUUAGCAUGUUUGUUAUCAAUAUUUAUAUAUUUCGUAUAAUCUUGUACUAAACAAUUCUAAAACUAAUACAUCCAAAAUAAAAAGAAAAAUUAAAGUAGAAUUUUGGUGACUGUUGUUCUUCAUAAAGUUCUGUCUGAUACCUUCCCCCAUUUUCCAAAAUUACACCUGUACAUCAGGAAUGUCAAAAGUAAUAUUACAAGUGUCUUUUUAGUGUGGCUUUAGUAUGGCUUCAUUUUAAUAUUGUACAUACAUUGUACCUUGUUUUAUGGUAAUAAGUAAUAAAAAUGUAGACUUCAUAUUUUGUACAGAAUCGUCCUAUGUACAGAAUAAAAAGUUCCUAGAAACAGCAAA